CCUCGACGUUCGCACUCUUGCUGCCCGUCGACCCCUUCCUCUGUCUUCCCCCUCUCCAUCCAAGCGAACGCGCACAAGAACCCCCCUUGGCGCGUUUCCCCCCCCCCAAAAUUAACAACCGCAAUCAUGGCGCCCAAACAGAAAGCCCAGAAGAUGUCUCUGGGGAAUUUCUUGGCCGACGAGAGUCUCGGCUCGUGGGCGGAUGAAAUGGAGGAUAUGCCUAUGCCUGGUGCUCCCGCUCAGUCCGGCUAUGGCAUGGAACGCCGUUCUAUGGGCCUUUCGGCUGGCUUCGGCAAUGGUUUCCCCGAACGUGACCGUGCCGGGUACGCCAUCCGUGAGCCGCUGCCCCUGCCCACCCAGCCGCCGUAUACCGCCCAUAUCGGAAACCUCGCCUUCGAUGCCACUUCGGACGACAUUUCGGGCCUCUUUGCUGACUGCGGCGUCACUAACGUCCGCGUCGUCGAGGACAAGUUGACAAGGAGUCCCAAGGGAUUUGGUUACGUCGAGUUCGCCACCGUCGAUGGCUUGAAGAAGGCUCUGGACUUGUCCGGAGCGACAUUGGGAGGAAGAUCGAUCAGAGUCAGCGUUGCGGAUCCCCCCAAGGACCGCCCAGAUGUCAAGGAAUUCGACUGGACCCGGAAAGGUCCCCUCCCGGAUGCCCCCCAGCGUCGUGGCUCUGAUCGUCCCGGAGGCUUCGGUCGCAACUUCAACGAUAACCUCUCAGAUGCAGGCAGUGAGCGCGCCAGCGGACGUCGCAGCAACUUUGAAUCGGACGGCAAGGUCCGCGAUUUCGGCAACUGGGAGCGCAAGGGCCCGCUUUCGCCCACUGGCGCUGGUCCCGCCCGCGAUCCCGCCCGUGACCCUGCCCGUGAUCCCGCUCGCGAGGGCCGUUCUCGCCACGCUGAUGGUCCUGGUUUCCGGAGGAACUCUCCUGCCUGGGGAGAGGGUCGCUCGCAGGACGGCUCGAGGCCUCCUCGUCGUGACCGUGAGGUCCACGAACGCGCCCCGACCGCCGCCGACCUGGACAACGAGUGGCGCGCCAGAAUGCGCCCCGACCAAGCACCCCCGGCUGCCAAGGAGCCCAGCAACCCUCCUUCUCCCGCGGCCGCCCCCGCGGCCCCGGUGACCCGUCCCAGGCUGAACCUGCAGAAACGCACCGUCUCCGAGGCAGCUCCCGCCGGCGGUGAAACCAAGUCGAGCAUCUUCGGCGGCGCCAAGCCUAUCGACACCGCUGCCCGCGAGCGGGAGGUCGAGGAGAAGCGCCAGCUGGCUGUCCGUCAGAAGAAGGAGGCUGACGACCGGGCCAAGUCCGACAAGGCCGAGAAGCAGCGCAGCCAAAAGGACCAGGCCAAGCCCACCACCGCCGGUGACCCCAACGGCAAGGAUGCCGUCGACACCCCGCAGGGUGGCAAGAACUUUGAUAUCCUCCGGCAGGCCGGUGAGGACGAGAGCGCCGCAACUGCAGAGCAGGAGACGGAAGGGCAGGAAGAUGAAUCUGGCGAGACCAAGGCGGUCGCCCCCGCUGCCGACGCCCCCGCCGCUGCUGCCCCGGCUACUGCUGCUCCCCAAGGCAAGGCCAACGGAAACUGGAGAAGCGCUCCUGAGCCCGCCGCCGCAUCAGCAGACGAGGAGGGCUGGAGCACGGUGGGUUCAAGACAGCGCAACAACCGUCGCGGACAGUCCGGUCGCGGCUUUGCAUAGAUCAGUCGCGAAGGUCAAGUCCUUUCGUGGCCGCUUCAUCUUUACCGGUGGCAGCAGAGAAGCGUGUUCCCUACGGAAGAGACACUCCAGAAAGACACGCGUCCGUUGCUGAAGGCUUUUUAUCCGGCAAGAAAAUUGCGUUUCCUGAAAACACAUGACAACGACAGGAAACUCCUGCAAUCAACUCGAUGAGAAUUUACCCUCUCUGGAUAAAUCUCUCAUACACGCUGAAACGGAGAUAUGGCCUUGGUUAAUGUGUUGACGGUCCCCUUCUCUUCCCCCCC